AUGAUCACUAGUGAUACUACUGCUCUGAUCACAUCUGUGGUAAGCGUACCUAUUCCUUUAAUACACGUCUCUAAUUUUUUAAGUAAUUCCAAAGGAAUCAGUCCAGACUAUUUGUUCAAAGCUGAAAAGAAUCUACUGAAAAAAAUGCGUGAAGAUGUUAUGAAUUCGGUGGUAAAUCAGCUUAAUGUGUCAAAGUUAAAAGUAAACUUCAGUAUAGAUAGGGAAGGCGAGCAUCAAAUGGAUUGCUAUACGAUCUUUGAUUUACCCUCACGUUAUUUCGCAAGAACCUAUUCUAUAUGUGUCAAAACUCAUUGGUACUUGAAUAGCAAAUGGUAG